CGCCUUCGCCUGACACCCCAGCAUUCAUCUUCGUCCGUCAGCCUCGCUCCACGUGCGGACUGACUCGCCUAACUGAACAUGGCUCAUCUGCAACGGCGCUCUCGAUCCCGGGCAACCCUCGAUGCAGGGAGGCCCGCUCUGUUGUAGCUGGGGCAUGGUCGCGGCCUACGGAGAAGCCGUUUCCUGCCACAUUGAGCGAUUCACUGUACUACAUUUCCGGUCGAGCGAUCCCGGUAGUUUCAAAUGAACGCCCUACCUGCUGAACGCCGUGAGUGAAUAUAAUUGCGAGUGUGGGUCUAACCGGUGUCUUCGAUACUCGAAUCCCUCAUUAAUGUCUAGUGUUCAUCUUGAACGUGUCACUCUCUAACCGCUACAACGACAUGUCGACCGAGCCACCAGCCUAUACGAAGGGACUGCUGGUCACCACAUGGCUGGUGACAGCUUUGUCCACCAUUUCAUUAGGCGCUCGUCUCUAUACCCGCUAUUGGCGCUUCUCGAAGUUCUACUGGGACGACCUGUUCGUUGUCCUGGCCUGGAUUCUCUCUAUUCCGAUGGCGGCGCAAGUCACUGUGGCGUCUAAACACAACACAGUGCUGCAUACCACGACCUUCUACAAAAGCGUCUUCCUAAGCCGGCCGAUUACACAACUCUUCUUCUACAACGUUCUGUGGGCCAUCAAGAUAUCUUUUCUGAUCUUCUUCCGACGCAUCGGUGUCGUCGCCUUGCCAGCUGUGAAACGAUACUGGACUGUCGUCUUCAUACUUACUAUUGCCGCAUAUCUCGGCGGAUGGCUGCUCAAUCCGUACGACUGUUGGGUCAAGAAGGGACUGUCCCAGUGUGACCACGACCCCGCUGUCUCCAGAUUUACACCUAUUGCACUGACUCUUGCGACCGCGUUUGACGUUAUCACCGAUGCGCUCAUUGUUGCGAUCCCUUUCGCUAUACUUUCCCACAUGCGACUCGCGUUGCGCCAGAAGAUGAUCCUCUAUUCCAUCUUCUCUUUUGAGCUCGUUACCAUGUUAGUCGCCAUUGUUCGCGUCAUCAUCGCCGCCCGCGGGAUUGCCAGGGACAGGAUGUUCCAGAUCACUCUCCUCCUCUUUCUCUCCCACAUUGAGGCGAAUACAGCCAUCAUUGUUGCAUGCGCAGGAACCUUGCGCAGUCUCUUCACACAGAAAGGCGACACCCGCUCAGAAACUCCCGCGCCAUGGGAUAGCCGACCACCCAACAAUGAUAUUGUUCGGCCGCCACAAGCAGCUACGGCUUUCAAGAAAACCCCAUCUUCAAGAAUCUCUGAGAGAAAAGUGCCAGACGAGGAGGAACUCUCGUCUCUGACAAAGUCACAUCAUUCCCCCCAGCCUUCCAAACCAUUCGAAACGGAUAUACCAAUCGAUCUCGGGGAUCUGCUCAAGAAACCCUGAGUUGAGAAAAUUUUGAUGGACUUGGAUAAUAUAAUUCACGGCUCGAAGUAUCGCGAGAGAACAAAGUGGGCACAAGCACCUAAGUAAAGCGCGCCAAAAGUGCCAGCCACGCGUCGUCGCGCAAACUUCCUACGGCACAGCAUACCAGGAUCAAACUACGUAUUCGGUGCAAGCAAAAUGACUGUCCAGAGAUUUCUUAAGGAUACUCUCAAAGUAUGUGUUGCACACGACUCGAGUCUCAGGAUGGCCACGAAGGGCUGCAGCUGAAGGACAAGAUUGGGGGUACAGCGAAGCGACGGUGCGAAAUGGUCGACAGAAGGCGAUAGGUCUCGCCACUUGUUUAUCAUGAUAUCUAGUGCAUGUUGUUAU